CUUUCCCCGCAGCCAAGUCUCCAACUUCUUUUCUCAUUUCUUUCUAUACAUAUAUACACACAUACAUAUAAAUACUUCUAUGUUUUCAUACUUUUUAUCUCACAUGUAAUUUGAUCGAACCAUUAAUCAUAUACUAUAUUAAUUUGUUUGCCUCAACCAUUCAUUUCACAAAUUCUUCUACAUGGAACCAACGUGUGUGGAUACUUCUCUCAAUCUCAACGUUAUUCCUUCUCGAGACACAGAAGUUACCGCGGAGAAAGUUUUGGUCGAAGAGUUGGAGCGUCUAAAUCAUGAAAAUAAAAUAUUAACGGAGAGCUUGAACCACAUGUGCAAUAACUAUGUUGUUUUGCAAAAGCAUUUGAGUCGAUUUAACCAACCGAGUGAUACAAAUUUUGAAAAUGAAAUAGUGACACAGUCACGGAAGAGAAAAGCGGGGAGCAUUGAAAAUUGUGUCAAUCAAUUUGGUACUAAUAGUAUUGUUGAGUGUAGCACCACUACUACUGAGGAGACAUUCAAAAGAACCACACAUAAUUCAUCGCCAAAAAUUUCCAAGGUUCUUGUAUGGACAGAUGCAUCCAAUACUGGCUUAUAUGUGAGGGAUGGAUAUCAAUGGAGGAAAUACGGUCAGAAAGUUACUAGAGACAACCCAUCUCCUAGGGCUUACUUCAAGUGCUCCUUUGCCCCAAGCUGCCCAGUGAAGAAGAAGGUGCAAAGAAGUGUAGAAGACCCAUCAAUUUUAGUGACAACAUAUGAAGGAGAGCACAACCAUGGGCAACAACAAACAGAAAUAUCACUAACUAGUUCAAACCAAAGUGAAAGUACCCCUACAUAUAGUAAUUUAGUUCCUUCAUCUUCAGUACACUCAAUUAGGAAUAAUGAUUUGGGUACACCUCCAGUUUCAACGCUUGACUUGGUCAACUAUACCGAAAACCAAAAGUCUUCUAUCCAACAGUUUUUAGUUCAGCAAAUGGCCACUUCUUUGACAAAUGAUCCUAAUUUCACAGCUGCACUUGUCACCGCCAUUUCAGGAAGAUUUAUGGAUCGCACAUCACAGGAAAAACGUUGAAUUCACACAUGUUUCAUUCUUUUUUUUUUUUUGUUUGGUUGUCUUUUUUUUUUUUAAUAGGUAGAAAUCGAACUCGGUAUUCUAGCAUAUUAAAAUACCAACCACCUGCGUUACACUAUAAGGUUAUUAUCAGUUUUAUUAACAACACAUUUUUUGUCGAAUCACACAGUAAUAUGUACACAUAAAAGUCCAAUAUUAUCGGAAAGUUUGAACAAUAUAUUAUAUAUAAGAAUAAGUGAGCUAAAUUCACCCA